AUGCGCUCGAUCUCAAGGGCGGCCUUGCGCCCAUACAUUUGCACAUCCUGCCAGCAUGGCAUUGGUGCUGGUCGACGGCUUUUCCGCACACAAUCCGCCCAAUCCGCCGACAUCUACGACGUAGUCUGCGUUGGAGGUGGACCGGCCGGUUUGGGGUUACUGGCUGCACUCCGAGCUUCACCAGUCACGUCAAAGCUUAGGAUCGCCCUCGUCGAAAGCCAGGACCUCGGCAAGGCUCGUGGAUGGAACCUCGAUUCCAGUCAAUUCUCCAACCGAGUCAGCAGCCUGACCCCAUCAUCGGUUGAUUUUUUGCAGAAGAUUGGUGCCUGGGAGCACCUGGAUACCACUAGAGUACAGAACUAUCAGAAAAUGCAGGUGUGGGACGGUGAGACGGGGUCGCGAAUAUCCUUUGAUCGGUCUUCGGAGACACCCGCGUUUGAGGAUUUACAGACCGUCGCUACCAUGACCGAGAACGCCAAUCUUGUGCGCGGACUGCUAGGCCGCAUUGAGGCUUCAGGAGAGGAGAACUUGACGCUGUUUUCCAAUCAUACGGUUGCAUCCAUUGAGAAUGGAUCGGAUCUUCAGGCUGAAGGGCCUGACCUGUCAGCUUGGCCCAUCCUUUCUGUGAAACCGACAGGGCCUGGCGCCGAGACAGUCGCACCGACGCGGAUUGCGGCUCGACUUCUCGUCGGCGCAGAUGGUAUCAACAGUCCCGUGCGCUCGUUCGCCGAUAUCUCGACGCAGGGCUGGGAUUACAACCGUCACGGUAUCGUGGCCACACUCGCACUCGCAGACCUUGACCCAUCCACAUUCAGCAACACACGGACAGCUUACCAGCGCUUUCUGCCCUCACUUGGCGGACCCAUCGCCUUACUCCCGCUUCCUAAUAACCAUGCAACGCUGGUCUGGUCUACAAGACCUGAGCACGCCGCAUACCUUAAAUCUCUCUCCGCCCCGGCUUUUCUCGCCAUGGUCAACGCGGCGUUCAGUCUGUCUAUGACAGAUCUCUCAUAUAUGAUGGGUAUUUCCCAAUCAUCAUCUGAACAGGCAUCACACGAAGACGAGCUCAACUGGCGGCUCCAGCAUACCCCGCAACCAUCUCACAUCCCACCCAAAGCCAUUGGAGUGCAAGAAGGAACUGUUGCUUCAUUCCCACUCCGCUUCCGUCACGCGGCUCAGUACAUCUCUCCCCGUGUCGCCCUUGUCGGCGACGCAGCUCACGUCAUUCACCCGCUUGCUGGCCAAGGUCUGAACCUCGGGUUGGCAGACGUUGCCGCUUUGUCGCGGACCAUCGAGUAUGCUGUGAGUCAUGGCAUGGACAUUGGUGAUCUUUUGACGCUGGAGCGAUACUCCUCCGAACGUUAUCUAUCCAAUGCCAAGAUUGGUGGUGCCUGUGAUUUGUUGCACAAGAUGUACUCCGUUUCUGGACAAGGUCCUAUUACCUGGGCCCGUAGUCUAGGACUAGAGGUUAUUGACCGAUUGCCAUUCGUAAAGUCCUUUUUGAUGAAGAAUGCUGAGGGCUAUUAA